CUUGGUAUAUCGAUAGUAUCGAUAAUCGGUCCAGCUUUAGUAACGUAACCAGUGAAAUAAAUAAAACUAAAUAUAAAAUAUUUUAUAAAUGCGUGUGGGCCAGUUGCUCAGGUUCCGAUGGACCGCUUUCAGAAGCUCCACAGCUAGACAGGAGUACGUGCCCCACCAUAAGCCCGCCGUGGAGGAUGACAUUCGGCGUCUGGAGGACUUCCUAAUGUCCAAACCAAAUGUUUUGGUUUUGACGGGCGCAGGGAUCUCAACGGAAUCGGGAAUCCCCGAUUAUCGCUCGGAGGGCGUGGGACUCUAUGCUCGAUCGAACCACAAGCCCGUUCAGCACAUGGAGUUCGUCAAGUCGUCGGCUGUGCGCAAGCGGUACUGGGCCAGAAACUUUGUGGGCUGGCCCAAGUUUUCCGCCACGCAGCCCAAUGCCACGCACCAUGCACUGGCCAGAUUCGAGCGUGAGGAGCGGAUCCAGGCGGUAGUGACCCAGAAUGUGGAUCGGUUGCACUCAAAGGCGGGUAGCAAGAACGUGGUGGAAGUACACGGCAGUGGCUAUGUGGUAAAGUGUUUGUCCUGCGAGUACCGCAUCGAUCGUCACGAGUUCCAGAGCAUAUUGGCCUCCCUCAAUCCGGCCUUCAAGGAUGCCCCCGACAUGAUACGACCCGAUGGCGAUGUGGAGAUACCCCUGGAAUACAUAGAAAACUUCCGGAUACCAGAGUGCACGCAGUGCGGUGGAGACCUGAAACCGGAGAUAGUCUUCUUUGGGGAUUCUGUUCCUAGGACUCGACUGGAUCAGAUUGCAGGCAUGGUCUACAAUAGCGAUGGCCUGCUCGUCCUGGGCUCCUCGCUCUUGGUCUUUUCCGGCUACCGCGUUGUGCUGCAGACGAAGGACCUCAAGCUCCCGGUGGCCAUAGUCAAUAUAGGCGAUACGCGUGCCGAUCACCUGGCAGAUAUAAAGAUCUCUGCAAAGUGUGGCGAUGUGAUACCCAAACUGUUUGACUUCCGCUCCUUGAAAAGCGACAGCUAAUUUUGACUACUGCUGAUAUUUCUUUCAAUACAUUUGGAUAAGUUUUUGUUUCAAAUGUUGUACAGUCAUCUUUAAUAACAAUAUAGAAUAAAAUAUUAUAUAUUUUAAUUAUAA